CGGCUACUUCUGCUGUGGCCCCUAUUGGAGAGGUUGUAGGGAAAGCGGCUUCGCUUAAGGCAGGAGGAUGGCAUCCUUGUCAGCUCUCAGGGUAUCUCAACGCGGGCGCCGGGGUUUGCUCCUGCGAGGGGCCUUCUGUGUUCACCUGAACAGGAGCUGUCGGUCUGGGACGCCGGUGAGACAGCAGCAGCAGCAGCAGCAACACGCGCUGGAAUUGCCCUCUGAACAGGCAAUUGCAGUCCCAAGAAGAACACGGUUCUUAUCCGAAGCUGCCCCAUUUUCUGAUUUCCUUACUGACAGUUUUGGACGCCAGCAUAACUAUUUGAGAAUCUCCAUAACUGAGAAAUGCAACCUCAGAUGUCAGUAUUGUAUGCCAGAGGAAGGAGUUCAGCUAACACCCAAAUCCGAAUUGUUGAGCACCCAGGAAAUCAUCACUCUUGCCGGGCUCUUUGUGAAGGAAGGUGUGGACAAGAUCCGUUUGACCGGAGGAGAACCUCUUAUCCGACCUGAUGUGGUGGACAUCAUAGGAUUCCACAAAGUAAUGGAAGGAAUUCACAAAGCUCUUGAUCUUGGCUAUAAUCCUGUUAAGGUGAACUGUGUGAUUAUGAGAGGACUCAAUGAAGAUGAGCUGCUGGAUUUUGUUUCUCUUACAGAAAAGCAACCCCUGGAUGUGCGCUUUAUAGAAUACAUGCCUUUUGAUGGCAACAAGUGGAACUUCAAGAAAAUGGUGAGCUACAAAGAAAUGCUGGAUACAAUUAAACAGAAAUGGCCAGACUUGAAAAUGUUGCCCUGUGAAGAAGCUUCUAGCACUGCCAAGGUGAAAAUUAUCAUGAUCAAAGGAUCAAUAAUCAUAGUGAGCUUCUUGGUCUGCUACUUCAGUACUAGUUUGAAUGCCAAGAGGAUUGUUUCUGACUUGCAGCUGGAGGUCUGCCUUUUUGGAAAUUCAGAAGUGUCCUUACGGGAUCACUUACGAUGUAAUGCCUCUGAAGAGGAGUUGAUCCAGAUUAUUGGGGCAGCUGUUGGCAGAAAAAAGAAACAACAUGCAGGCAUGUUCAACAUUUCCCAAAUGAAGAACAGGCCAAUGAUCCUCAUUGGUGGGUGACCAAUCAAGGCAGCAUCAAGGUCAUUUCCACUUCUCCAAGAUGCCCUGCAGGACCAAGUAAAUUUGAAAGAUUGGGGCCUCAGACAAGGCCACUGC